UAGACGCGAGACAGCGUAUAUUAGGUCGUAUGGCUACUAAUAUUGCAACCACCUUAAUGGGAAAACAUAAACCUAUCUAUGAUCCUGCUUCUGAUUGUGGCGACUAUGUAGUAGUCAUAAAUGCAAAAGAAGUUGCAGUAACCGGUAAGAAAGCCGAACAGAAAGUAUACCGUCAUCAUAGUGGAUAUCCAGGAGGCCUAAAAACAAUUACCUACAGGAUUAUGUUGGAAAAAAAACCUGACGAG